CAAGCAACCCUCCCCGUCUUCCGUCUUAAAGCCCGGGGGCAGAGCCUUUCCCCUCUCAUCCUUGUCUACCCCUGUAUCAUUCUGUGUAGGAAAAAGAAAAUGUAUUCAGAAUCUAAGGAGCCUCCUGUACCACCGCAAUCGGAGCAACCAGACCACGGUGAUGAAGAAUCCCAGUCGCUAAGCAAAAAAGCUGCUAAAAAGGAAGCAGCUAAGCAGGAGAAGCUGCGCCGCCGCCAAGAAGCGGCCUUAGCCGCCGCCACGUCUUCUCUUUCCAUCGAUUCUGAGGAAGACCCUCUCGCUGCCAACUAUGGCGACGUCCCACUUUUGGAGCUCCAGUCUAAGACGGCGGUCAACAUCUCCGAUUGGACUAAAGUCGAAGAUCUUAACAAUUCAUUGGAGAACAAGUGGGUUCUGAUUCGGGGCAGAGCGCAGGCGAUCCGUGCCGUGGGGAAGAAAAUGGCGUUUUUGGUUAUCAGAGAGAACGGGUUCACUGUGCAAUGUGUGGUGCAGGUCCAGCCCGAUCAAGUAAGCUCUCAGAUGGUGAAGUAUACUACGGCGUUGAGCCGGGAAUCUAUUGUCGACGUCGAAGGGGUCGUCUCCGUGCCCGGGGCUGCCAUCAAAGGCGCUUCACAGCAGGUGGAAAUUCAAGUGAGGAAAUUAUAUUGCGUUAACAGGGCUGUCCCAACUUUGCCUAUUAAUAUUGAGGAUGCUGCUCGAAGUGAAAUUGAAAUCGAGAAAGCUCUUCAGGCCGGUGAACAACUUGUUCGUGUCAACCAGGAUACACGUCUAAACUAUAGGGUUCUUGACGUUCGGACACCGGCCAAUCAAGGAAUUUUCCGCAUUCAAUCUCAAGUUGUAAAUGUAUUCAGGCAAUUCUUAUCAUCUGAGGGCUUUGUUGAAAUUCACACGCCAAAACUGAUUGCUGGGUCUAGCGAAGGAGGUGCUGCCGUUUUCAGACUAGAUUAUAAGGGGCAACCCGCGUGCCUUGCCCAGUCACCUCAGCUGCACAAGCAAAUGUCAAUUUGUGGCGAUUUUGGCCGUGUUUUUGAGAUUGGUCCUGUUUUUAGAGCAGAAGAUUCCUUCACUCAUAGACAUCUGUGUGAGUUCACCAGUCUUGAUGUUGAAAUGGAGAUUAAGAGGCAUUAUUUUGAGGUUACGGAUAUAGUUGAUAGGCUAUUUGUGGCCAUGUUUGAUAGUUUAAACAAUAACUACCAGAAGUAUCUAGAAGCUGUGGGAAGGCAAUACCCGUUUGAACCUUUAAAGUACUUGCGGCAGACUCUGCGGCUUACAUUUGAAGAAGGGGUUCAGAUGCUCGAGGAUGCUGGCGUGGACCUUGACCCUCUUGGUGACUUGAAUACUGAAUCUGAAAGGAAACUUGGCCAAUUGGUUUUGGAGAAGUAUGGCACGGAGUUUUACAUCCUUCACCGUUGCCCACUGGCUGUGAGGCCAUUUUAUACAAUGCCUUGCCAUGACAAUCCGGCAUACAGUAAUUCAUUUGAUGUCUUUAUUCGAGGUGAGGAGAUCAUUUCAGGAGCUCAGCGUAUCCAUGUGCCAGAAUUCUUGGAAAAACGUGCAGCUGCAUGCGGAAUUGAUGUCAGGACAAUUUCUACGUACAUUGAUUCUUUCAGGCAUGGUGCACCCCCACACGGUGGAUUUGGAGUGGGCUUGGAGCGUGUGGUGAUGCUCUUCUGUGGCCUCAAUAAUAUACGCAAGACAUCUCUGUACCCGCGCGACCAUCUCAGGAUAGCCCCUUGAUGACGCAUUAACACAUUCCAGUUUUCUUUAUGUUACAUGCAAUUUUCUUUGGCGUGAAUCCCGGCGACUAUCUGUGGGUUUCGCAGCAGUGAUCCUUAUGACAUCGCAAGACAAUCGAUAUUUCUUGUUAAACUUAAUUUGGCAAGCAUAUGCUUUUAAAUUUCUUUAA